ACUCCUGGGUGGUCCUGGGUAUGAGGCUAUGUUAAUGUGUUCGAUUUGCCGCUUGUUUACGGCACAGUGGUUUACGGGAAGUUUGUGUUGUCGCCAACGUGGAGUCGCCAAGGUUGUCGGUCACCAAAGUUGUCGCUUACGUGACGCUCUGAUUCCUUCCAAGGAUGCGCUAUGGUUAUGACGUCGCGCCUGAUCUAAUCGACUCCCGUUCUGGAAGGCACGUUAUGAAUAAUUGAACGAGGUAAAACUGUUGCCGCUGUUGCCCUGUUGCUGUGUGCACGCUUUCGUUUCGCUUUUGUAGUUGGAGCUGGAUGGUAGCCGCGUGAGUGGGACGUUGUUGACUGGAACAGCACUGACUGGAAGCUAGUGCGUUGCUGUCGGAAGGGUUCAUUGAAAGAUGGGGAAGGUAAAAACGAAGAGGUUCAAAUACCACAGAGCCGCCAACAGAGCGGCGGAGAAGAGCCAGAAAGAAUCUCAAGAUGCCGCCAUGGAUGAUGAGGUGCACACACAGCCCCAGCCCUACCAGUUGACGGGCCUCUUCGACGACGUGAUAAUCGACCCUGCCAAACUGAGCGUGAAAUUGGACCUGAACGACAACAUCUCGGUGGUCUCCAGCAAGCUUGACGCCAGACACGUGCCCAAGAAGGAGAAGCGGAAGAUGCGGCGUGACGCCUUCUUGAAAAAACUUGAGACGGUGAAGGCGACGAGAAAGGCACAAAAGCGGCGCAAGAAAGUGGCCACGAGCCUCAACAUGGGUCUUCUGGCGGAUGCACUGCCCACACUGGAUAGGAUGUCUCUCAAGUCGGGGGAACUCAAGGAAAAGCCCAGGGCAUCUCGCAGCUUCCGCGCAAACCAAAAGCUGAUGCUGCAGGAUAUGAAGCACAUAGAGAGGGUUGUGAAGCACCCCCACUUCCAGGAGGACCCCAUGGAAGCUAUUUUGAACCACCUUCGGCAUACAGUCCAGGCGGAAGCCGAGCUCCCCAAGUGAAGCACCGCUGCGCUGUGCUCCCGAAAGGCCUCUGAAGCUGUAAAUUAAUGUAUUGGAGAUAUCUUCAGAAUGGGGCAGGGGAUAUUUUUGUUGUUUUUCAAGAUGACAAGAAUAAAGUUGAACUCACUAGUGUGCAAGCACACAUUUUAAAGAAAGCUAAUAUGGAUUAUACAUCUUGGAUGGAUGCUUGGGCGAGUUGGGUAUGCAUAGUGUAGGAAAUAGUGCAAAAGUAGAGCAAAAGUGUUUAUGGUGUGCGUGAGUUUACUUUUGCGCUAUGUCCUACAUUAUGGAAUAUACGUAUUUCCCUUGGCUGCAUUUUGAACAGUUCAGGUCACAAAUGAAACAUCUAAGUGCUGCUGCUUGUAAAUUUUUUUCCAGAUGUUAUCCAAGGUUACAAUUUCUUUUUUGGCACAUUGAUUUUAACUUCUCCAGUACAAGAAACUUCGUCAAAAUUGGGCCUUUUGUGUAAGGCUCACCAAAAUAUUAGCUACUUGAGAAAAUCGGCCAUCUGCAUUAACUCCUUAUUUCAAACUCUCUUUGUUCACGUUCCGCCCAUUGAAAAGCAUGGCAAAAGAGCUCAAGUACGCAUCUGAUCUCGCCGCGCUGCCAUAUCGUUCUGCACGAUAGAGUCCGUCUGCUAUGGCCAGUGUCACCAUGGCAACGGAGCAUCUCCUUCGCAUAGGAACACGCAAAUGCAGAAUUUGUUGCCAGCAACGGCAGACGCCUUCCGUAUGACCUGUGCUAACUUGAACACAGCAGUGCUAGCCAAAGUCUGAUACGCUGUUGUGGAGGUCGACGCUGAUAGUGAAAAGUUUCCGAGCAAGGGGAAACAAAGCGAAAAGUGAAUGCGCAUAGCGUGGUCUUCUUGGCAGCCUAGCUUGGAGCCCAAGCUAGCAUUGCCACAUUGGUCACAGACAGCAUUUGGAAGAUGGCGUGGCUGUAGUUGUCUUUAGAUGCUGCAUUCGCAUGGGCGUGUAUUGACAUUCGGUGACCAUAGCAGAUUGACUUUAUUCUGCGGAAGGACUAGUGUAGCGAGAUCGGGUGCAUACAUGGGCCCUUUCGCCAUACUUCUCAAUGGGCAAAACUAGUGCCUAAUUUUUUUACGAGCCUCGCACGGAGAGAAUGUCGUUUUGGCCAUCCGAUGACUGGUUUUUUUCCCUGGAACGUGGGGCUAGAGUAUCAAACAGCUUUUUUUUUUUCUAAAACUUAGCUACUCUGAAAGUUUUGUUUUUAUUUUUGAGCUCUCUGGGAUGUGUGUUUACCUUUAUUUAGUACGUUCUAUUUGAUACUGUUCAACACAAAUCAAUUAUGUAAUAGGAAACUGUUGCAGUAUCUCGAAAGUGUUACAGGACACCAGUAUGGCAUCAUGAAGUGAUAGCAUGUAAACAUGUACAUGUCCUAUUAAAAAAGUGAUAUUGCAGUUUUAUGUACAUGA